AUGCCGACCGCGACUACGAUUCCCGACUACACGCUCACCAAUUGGGGGCCGCUGACGACGGCAUUUUCAGCAGAUGCAGCAUGCGCCACCUUGGGCAUCAGUAUGAUGGGCUUCCGGACCGCCCUCGGCUUCGGCUACAGCGCUGAAUGCGCCGUUCCGACGGUGGGUGCAGCGUGCUAUCCGUCCGGGUCUCAGCUCGAUGCGGCUGCCUCGGCUGCGUAUAACACCUUUGGUGUCCAUCCAAAGGCGGCAUACUUCUCGCCCGGAUUGGUGUGCCCGUCAGGCUGGAAGACGGUCGGCGUCGCUGCCCGCGCGGCCGAUGGAUCGAUCAGUGCGUCGGGCAUCUUUGUCGCGCCGACCCUUACAACUGCUCCUUCUUCGGAUCAGGCUGCUACCGAUAGCACCCUCGGGACCCUCUUCUACAACCCCGUUGUUAACGCCUUUACCGCCGCGCUCGACCUAGGCGAGACGGCCGCUGCGUGCUGUCCCAGCUCCAUGACGGCCGUGACGGACGGCGUAUGUGUCUCGACUCUGCCCGACUAUAGAUUGAGCACAUUCUGCGAGCGGUUCGCGCCCGGCGCCGAAGUCUCUACCGUUACCACUGAUAUCACUCUGCUCGGCGUACAUACUACGGUGCAGCUCAUCACUCCUAUUAAUUCCGGACUGAUUACAUCUACGGUCACUACUGAGGUGCCUGCUGAGCAGUCGGCAGACCUCGUUGGGGUUAAGUACAUACCUAUGGUUAUGCUUGUCCGGAAGGCGAACGAUGCGGCGGGGACUGGUGGUGACGGGGGUGGCGCGGGUCCCAGCCCGUCCAAGACCAACGCUGCUAGCCCUGGGCGGAUGGGGUCGGGAGAUGGGGGUGUGCCGCUGGUCGCUGUGAUGGCGUGUGUCUCGGCCCUGCUUAUGGGGUCCGCCUGGAUUCUUGCGAGAUGA